AUGAUCUCAAAGACAAAUUAUUCAAUAAUUGAUAAAUUAUUUGGAUAUAUUAAAAUGGAUUUUUUUAAAAUAACUCAAGAACCAUAUUUUUUUACCAUUUUAUUUUUAACAUUUAUUGCUGCUGUAGCUAUAAAAAAAAUUGUUGUUAGAAAAAAUCCUGAUCAUUUAUUAAAAGGAAAUUUUAAUAGAAAUAUACAAUUUGUUAACAAAAAAAAGAAUAAUAAAAAUAAAGAAAAGGAAGUCAAAGAAAAAAAUAAUGAAGAAGAUAUAAAAACUAUUGAAAUUGAAGAAAAGGUAGAGGAGAAUGAUCUUACUGAAUCAGAAGAAAAUAAAUUAACAACUGACAUUUUAAUAAAUGAUAUUGUAGAUCCUAACGAGACAAUUAACAUGUUUUCAAAAAUAGGUGAAUUACAUGGAAAAUUAGCAACAGCUAAAACACGCAUAGAAGCAAGAAAUUUUCAAAAAUCAUUAACAGAACAAGAGAGAAAAGAAGAAGAAAAUAUAAAAGAAAAACAAUUAAAAGAAAUUUUUGAAAUGCUUCAAGCGCAAGAAGAAAAAUUUGGAAUUCAUUCAAAGUCUGAAUUAGAAGAGCAAUUCAAAUUUUAUGCUCUCUAA